AUCUGUUAGAAAAUGACACUUUAUUAUAUCGAUGGGCAUAAUAUUUCAAUAUAAUCGAAUGAUGUGACAGUUAUCGUUGCCCCACCGCCACUUUAGGGUUAUCGUAAACAAACUGCAGCCCUGGUCUUAUUUCUAAUUUUUAUUGCACAAAUGCAGAGAUAACUAAGAAUUUUGUUCGUUUUGUGAGUUAGAGACGUACCUAGUGCAAUGGCUACCUAUUCCAACCAGCACUGGCUGCUCUCGCACAUACGGAACUCGUUCAUCUCCACGGACGACACCGGUAUCUGUGAGACAGUCAUGCUCAGUGAUGAUAUGCCCAAGCAAUAUCUGCGGAAGUUCCAGGCCGCCGCCAACGCCCAAGCUGCUCAGGGCACCACACAGGAUGGCUAUCGGCGUGCACAGCAGCGUCAUCAGCAGCAGCAACAGCGCAGGAGCACAGACACUGCCAGCUCUUUACCUUCACAACAUGUGCCGCCUCGCAUAGCAGAUGCGCCGUUUCAUGACGUGGAUUUUGUUUGCUAUCCGGGGCUGGAUCUGAGUGAUGAUGAAGAUCUGGACACUUCCACGCACUCGUUUGACAUACAAAUGUAUCCAGAGGUGGGUGCCCAUCGCUUUCGCUCUAAUACAGCGCAGAAACUAGAGAAAUUGGACAUUGCCAAGCGAAAGGCGGCACGCAUUAAAAGUGUUAACUACAAUGAGGAGGCGCAGCCACCACAGCGUCAGGACUUCUUCAAGCGCAAGCAGCUGCCGUCAAAGCCUGCCAAGCAAGCCACAACGGAGCCAGCCGAGCAACAGCAGUCCAAACUAACGGCGCAGCUGGCCAGGAGUCCACAGCAGACGCAGAAUCGUUUUAUGGAGUAUGCACGCUUCGAUGGCACGGCUCAGGUAGGCAUGCCGACCAAACGCAUUAAUGUAUACGUCAAUAUGCUGCCGGAACCGGAGCGUAACUAUCCGCUGAAAAUCUGCGUGCUGUCGACAGCCAAAAUUAUUGAGGUCAUAGGCCUGGUGUGCUACAAAGCGAGUCUGCAACAUCCGGAUGUACUGCAGCUGAAAUCCGUGCAGCAUUAUGCGUUGUAUAUGACGGAGGACAACGAUGAUAUGGACGACUUUCCGCCGCUGGACAAUCGCGAACCCUGCUCCAAGUUUGGCUUUUCACAUUUGACGCUCGCCGAGCGUCGUCCCCUUGCACCUGUUACCCGCAUCGAUUAUCAUACCCAACCUGGCACCAAGUCCAUGACUUCCGAGGAGGAGGACAAGGGCGCGCUGGCUGAUGCCGCCGUUCAGGCGCUGCAGCACAUCAGUCUAAACGGCGAUGUGCCCGACUCUGCUGCAUCAGAUCAGCUGGACCAGGUGAAAGCCUACGAGCAGAGUCUGCUCAACCACAGUGACAUGAUGGAGGCGCCCAUUUCCGCCAGCUAUAGGCUCAGCCUUAUCGAUAAGCGAUUCUUUAAGUGCGACGUCAAUCUGGUCGUCUGCUGGGAACGCAUAGAGAUUGAUCAACUAAAGAAUGUCAAGUUCUGGACGCAAAAGAAGUUUGUCUCCACGCCCAUUGAGUUUGUGGCCUACUGUGAGAUUGUGGAGCAGAAACAACUAAAGGCGCUAAUGCGCAUCUGGCUAAAAGCCAAAUCCAACAGUGGACUUGCCACCAGCUGCACCUCCGCGCCGAUGGACGCCAGCAGCAUGACGCUAAAUACAAGCAGCGCUUCACCUAGUAGUCCGCCCUUUGGCGGCUCACCAUUUGGCCUCUUCGGCGGCCAGACCAUUCGCUUUAAGCACUAUGAUUUUGAUACGGAUGUGCAUACGGCGGAGAAGAUCUGCCGCAAACUGAACUGCAUACUGGUCAUGCGUGCCAGCGAGCUGCGCAAGGAGUUCCUGCGUCUACGCCAGCGACAGACGUCGGUAACGUCAGCUGGCUCCAGCGCCAAAAAGCAGCUCAAGCUGUAGUAUUUCAUACCCCCUGUCCCUGC